AUGCCGUGGUAUCAUGUGGCCGACCCCAACUCGUACCUCGUCAUUACCGGCAUUGGUAUUGACGGGGUCAGGAUUGCGAAGAAGGCCUUCGUCUAUCCGCUCCAGAAGCACAUCACCAUCUCGGUCACGCCCUUCGACUUUUCCAUGUCCCUGACCGCCAUGACGGUCGAAAAGCUCAAGUUCUCGCUUCCUGCCGUCUUCACCAUCGGACCCGAGGACACAAUCGCAUCCAUGACCAAGUAUGCCGUGCUCCUCAGCGGCGAGUCUGACGGCAAGGGCGUACGCAGCAUCGAGGCCGGCCGCAGUCACGUGCAGGACAUCGUCAAGGGCGUCAUCGAGGGCGAGACCCGAUCCAUCGUGUCGACCAUGACCAUGGAAGAGCUCUUCUCCGCCCGCAAGGUCUUCAAGCAGAAGGUGAUUGAGAACGUGCAGAGCGAACUGGAUCAGUUUGGCCUGAGGAUCUACAAUGCCAACGUCAAGGAACUGCAGGACACGCCCGGCAGCGAGUAUUUUGCCUACUUGAGCCGCAAGGCGCACGAGGGUGCCCUCAACCAGGCCAAGGUGGACGUGGCGGACGCGCGCAUGCGCGGCGAGGUCGGCGAGGCCGAGAAGCAGGGCAAGACGAAGCAGGAGAUCGCCAAGAUCCACGCCGCGACGGCCGUGCUGGAGACGGAGCGCAAGGGCGAAAAGGCCCAGGCGGACGCGAAGCUGACGGCCAAGGAGAUUGAAAUCGAGCAGAGCCUCAACCUGGCCCGCAUCGACGCCAACCGCGCGGCCGAGAGCCGCGACACGGAGCUGCAGCGCGACCUCGAGCGCAAGCGCGCGGAGAUGGAGCUGGAGCGGCAGCGCGCGACGACGGUGACCAAGGCCAAGAUCGAGCGCGAGUCGGCCCAGCAGCGCGCCGAUGCCGCCUUGUACGCCCAGGAGAAGUCGGCCGACGGCGUGCAGUACCAGCAGCGUGUCGACGCCGACGCCGCCUACUACAAGGUGACCAGGGAGGCCGACGCCGAGAACCUCAAGCGCCAGCGGGAGGCCGACGCCGACUUCUAUGCGCAGACCAAGGAGGCCGAAGCGGCCUUCAUCGCGCGCCAGCGGGAAGCCGAAGGUCUGAAGGAGAUGGCGGCGGCGUACGGCGAGCUGGCCAAGGUUCUGGGCGGGCCUCCGGGCUUGCUGCAAUACAUGAUGCUCCAGACCGGCACAUAUGAGAACCUCGCGCGCGAGAACGCGCGUGCCAUCAACGGCCUGCAGCCCAAGAUCAACGUCUGGAACACGGGCGCCCAGGGCGAGGCGGCGGCCGACCCCACGGCGCCCAUCAGGAACCUGUUCCAGAGCCUGCCCCCGCUGCUCAGCACCAUCAACGACCAGACGGGCAUCUCGCCGCCCAGCUGGCUGGCGUCCAUGGGCGGGCAGCAGCAGGAUCAGGCAGCCCAGCAGCAGCAGAAGCAGCAACAAGAUGCGUUGGUAAAGCAGAAGAAGGUGACGAACGGUCGGUAA